UGUCGCUCGCUUCUCGCCCAGACAAGAAGAAGAAGGACCCGGGAGGUGGUUUGUGAAGGUUACGACUUUAUUUCUAAGCAAAAUAAAAAAACUACCCGCGCACCGCAAACAUGACCAGAAAAUUCUUUGUCGGAGGAAACUGGAAGAUGAACGGCGAUAAGAAAAGCCUUGGGGAGCUCAUUCAGACCAUGAACGGAGCCAGUGUGGACCCCAAUGUCGAGGUCGUGUGCGGUGCUCCUUCCAUCUACCUGGACUUUGUCAGGUCCAAGCUCGACGCCAAAUUCGGUGUCGCCGCUCAGAACUGCUACAAGGUUCCCAAAGGCGCCUUCACUGGGGAGAUCAGCCCUGCGAUGAUCAAGGACUGUGGCAUUAACUGGGUGAUCCUGGGACACUCCGAGAGACGCCAUGUUUUCGGAGAGAGCGACGAGCUCAUCGGUCAGAAAACGGCCCACGCUCUGGAGAGUGGACUGGGGGUCAUCGCCUGCAUCGGGGAGAAGCUGGACGAGAGGGAGGGAGGCAUCACCGAGAAGGUCGUGUUUGCACAGACCAAAGUCAUCGCAGACAAUGUGAAAGACUGGAGCAAAGUGGUGCUGGCCUAUGAGCCGGUGUGGGCCAUCGGCACAGGGAAGACCGCCUCCCCUCAGCAGGCUCAGGAAGUUCACGAGAAACUGAGGGAAUGGCUCAAGACCAACGUGUCCGAGGCCGUGGCCAACUCUGUGAGGAUCAUCUACGGAGGUUCUGUGACCGGUGGCACCUGCAAAGAGCUGGCGUCACAGAAGGACGUGGACGGUUUCCUGGUGGGCGGAGCCUCUCUGAAGCCGGAGUUCGUCGACAUCAUCAACGCAAAGGCGUAAAAAACGGUGGAUAGUGUCGGAGGUUCGGACGCGUUUAGAUUGUUCAACCCAUGUUCAUCACUUCCCUUUUUAUUGAAAGAUUUGUGCAAUGUUGUCAUUCCCUGCUUUACCUGUACUUCGCUCUUUUCGUUGAAAGGGACAGAUUGGCACAUUUUACAUUUUACUGCACUGAGUUAAGUCCUGAGGUCUAGAGUCUGUGCUUCAAACUUCCACAGCUGCAGACGACUUACACUUUAUGGACCAGCAGUCCACAACUUUACUUGAACAAGUUUACAAAGUGUUGUGUAAACGGCGUCUGGGCUCAGAUAUUUGUGUUUCUACUGUAACGUUCUGCUCUGUGCUUCAUCCUGUAGACGACACGGCUCUGGCUCUUUGGCUCUGUCCAUCUCUGUGGAGUUUAUUUGACUGUAUUUGACUUGAGGCUCAACUCAAACGUUAUAAUAAACUGAGACUGUCAGUGACUUUGCAUAAUGGUCGUGUUUCUCUACAAGACUAAUCUGUUUUCUUCUAAGUCCGAGUGUAGAUGGAGUCGGUGUAUCUUAUUACAGAAGUGACCUGCAGACGACACGAUGCAGGAACAUUUAUUUUUGUCCUCGUCAUGAACUAAUAUAAACCAAUUUGAAAGAAAUAAGAGAAGGGAAAACAGAGGAAUGCGACGAGUGAUGGUAAAGCCCCGAUACAAAGACAAAGGAAGUCAUUUUUCUCAGUUUUUUUUUUUUUUUUCUCCUGAAUUUGACGUUGCACAUUUGCUCCUCGUCCAGCAGGGGGCGGUGUUGCGAGAUAAACACAAACAGAAGCGUGACGUUCAGGGACGACGCUUUCAGUCUGAAAACACAGACUUUUGGGAGAUGGCAACGCAUUUCCUGUAAAUAAUAUAAACAUGGUAGAGUAAUUGUCUUUCAGUUUAGUUUCAUAGUUUUUCUUUAGUUUUCGUGCACGACUGUCCUUGGACUCUUCAGCCGACCCCUUUUUUUUACUCAUUAUAAAAUCGAUAUGAUGCAUAAAUUGUGCAGUUCCCAUGUUAUUCCUCAUUCUCCUCCCUCUGUCUCUUCCUCUCUCCCCUCCUUUUCUUCUCCUCCCUCCUCUCCCCUGCUCACUCUCUCCCUCUUUCUCUUCUCCUCCCUCUUUCCCUCCUCCUUCUUUCUCUUCUCCUCACCUUCUCUUUCCAUCCUCCCCCUGCUCCCUCUUUCUUCCUCUCCCUCCUUCUCUUCUCCUCCCUCUGUCUCUACCCCCUACUCCCUUUCUCUUCUCCUUCCCUUUUCUCCCUCCUCUCUCCCACUCCCUCUUUCUCUUCUCCUUCCUCUCCCUCUCUCUUCCUCUCUCCCUCCUUCUCUUCUCCUCCCACUCCCUCCUUCUUUUCUCCUCCCACUCCCUCUUUCUCUUCUCCUCCCUGUUUCUCUUCUCCUCCCUCCCUCCCCCCGCUCCCUCUUUCUCUUCUCCCCUCCUCUCCCUCUGUCUCUUCCCCUCUCCCUCCUUCUCUUCUCCUCUCUCUCCCACUCCCUCUUCUCCUCCCUCCCUCCCCUCCCCCCCGCUCCCUCGGUCUCUUCUCCUCUCUCCCCUCUCUCCCUCCUUCUCUUCUCCCUCUUUCUCUUCUCCUCCCUCUGUCUCUUCCUCUCUCCCUGUUUCUCUUCUCCUCCCUCUUUCUCUUCUCCCUCUCUCCUCUCCCUCUGUCUCUUUUCCUCCCUCUCUCCUCUCUCCCUGUUUCUCUUCUCCUCCCUCUCCUCCCCAUCCCGGCUCUAAAACGUUUCUAAAUCUGUGAGGGAAAACCCAGUAGGAGCUUCAUAAACUGUCCACAUGACCCUCUUCCUCCUCUCCCUCCUCUCCCUCCUCUUCCUCCUCUUCGUCUCUUGAAUUAAAAUGUGUUUAAGUAUUUGUUCUGCUGAUGAAGAGACCGAGAGCGGACCUCACUCGUUCACUCGUUCAAGAGUCUCUUCUGCAGGUGCUCACCACAGACUCAAGUCCUUCUCUUUGAGUGGAGGAUAAAAUACGACUUAACACUCGAUUUAACUCAAUUUAAAACCAACAAAGAGGCAGAUCUGGAUUUAUCAGUUUGAUGUCGUCCUGAAGCUUUAGUUUGUCGUUUUGAGUCACUUUUCCAGCACAGUUACCCUUUCAUUUGGACGUAUUCAGAGUACAGAUACUUUACUACAAUCAAAAUAAUACACUGCAGCACCUGAUCACACAGUUUAAACUCCAAACUGCACAGAAUUAGCCAGAAAAAUAUAAAAACACAGCACUUGUGACGAGGCAGCUGUGAUUUUUCUUGGUCUAAUCAGAUUUAAGAAGCAAAUAUGAAGCGGUUUUUGAUCAUAUGUUGCUAAAAUGUGCAUAGACUGUAUAAAAAGUGGACUAUAUUUAAUAAAAAUAUACAUAUAGACCUAUUAUAUGCACAUUUUAUUAGCUAUGUCCAUUUAUAUACAGUCUACGGUGCAGGUUUAUACUUAAAUACAAUGCAAAUCUGUGUAAAAAUACUCAGGUUAUAGUACUCGCACGUUACAAAACACAUUUUCUUUCAGAUAUUUCGCGUUCUGUAGCUACGUAAACGCAUUUUCAGAGCGUUUUUUUUUCAUCUUUACACGAGUAGUUUGUACGUCUCAGAUCCUGGAGGUGGGUCCUGUGAGUCCCGCUGCAAAACGUCUUUCCUCGCUGCAAAUUCUUACAUUUUUAUUACUUGAAUAUUGUGAUUUGCCUUGUUUAAAGAAGCAUUAUGUAACUUUUCUACAUAAACGUCUAGAGCAGAAGCGUCAAACUCAUUUUCUCCGAGGGCCACGUCAACAAAAUGGCUGCUCUCAAAAGGCC